CGCGGUCGUCAGUUCACAAGAAACAGCUAUACGGAGUGGUUAUAUCGGCACGCUGCUAAUUUCGUGCGACAAAAAUGAGUUUUAGUAAUAAAGUUGUUAUUGUGACUGGUGCCAGUUCUGGUAUUGGAGCGGCCACAGCGCUGCAAUUUUCCCGAGAAGGAGCAGCUGUCGUCAUGGUAGGGAGAAAUGAAGAAAAAUUAAACACUGUCAAGCAGAAAUGCGACGCCGAAGGCUGGCCGGCGUUCACGAUCAAGGCCGACGUGUCUAAUGAAGAAGAGACCAGAGAAAUUAUAGAUAUAACGAGUGAAGAAUUUGGCAAAAUUGAUAUUUUGGUUAAUAACGCAGCAAUAUUACGAUGCGGUUCAUUGGUAGAUGGGAGUAUAUUAGACACGUAUGACGAAGUUAUGAACACGAAUUUACGGGGCGCUGUUAAUUUGACAACGUUUGCGACUCCUUAUCUAAUUAGAAGUCGAGGAAAUAUUAUUUUUGUGUCGUCUAUCGGUGCAGAGAAGAUUAUAUGUACGGAUUACAAUGCUUACUGCAUGUCAAAAGCGGCACUGACCCACUUUUCAAGGGCGACAGCGCUAGAAUUAAGUCCACAUGGUGUCAGAGUUAAUACAAUAACACCGGGCAUAUUCAGAACCGAUUUAUUAGAAAACUCUGAUAUGGAAAUGUUUAAGCAUAACUCUGUAUUUAAUACGAUGGUUGAUAAAUGGAUCGAGCCUGAAGAGGUCGCAAAAUUAAUCUUACAUGUGGCAAGCGAUAAGGCAAAAAGUUCAACUGGUUCAAACUUUGUGAUCGACAAUGGGAAACUGUUAGUGUGAUGGAUUUAUUUGAUUAUGAAGGAACGAAGCUGAUCAAAUGAAAUAUUGCUACGCCAUAAUGAAUUCACGAUGAAAACGCAAAGCUAGGUAGCUAGCUGUAAACAUUCUGAAAUGUCAAAAUCAAAUCGCAAGCUUGCGUAAUGUGACACAAAUAUGAAUCAUGAUGGUUUUGGGUUUGCCCCAAGGUUUGCCCCAUUACAUGAUACCUUGCAUGAUACACGACGUGUCUGAUAAGAGUCUAUAAAUAAAUUGUUCUUAACGUUGCAUUUAUAUUAAUUACAUACGUAACUACUGUUUUUUGUUAUUAAUUAAUGUUUAGUGACAAAACAGGCUGAAAUAUAAGAUGCAACAAGGAAAUAAAAUAAAAUGAUAAUUGUAAUGUA